GUCAAACGGAUUCCGCUACGUGCUAACGAUCCUAUAAAGGCCCAGAAAGACAGUUACCCCUUUUCCCUCGUUCUGGCACUGGUUUUUUUUCCUGGGUGUUUUUAGCUAAGCUAUAUUUCGUUUCUCUUUAUCAAAAGCCACGUUUUCUCUGAACAAGUUUAUCCUCUGGGAGUCGAUCCUUCUCUACUUCGUCUACACUGCACUGUCUCCUCCAUACUUUUUUCGCGUAAUUCUCUCAUUUUGUCUAUCUCAAGUCCCAACGGUACAAGUAUAAGAUUCUCUUUUUGCGUAUAUAAUCUGUUAAAUUACAUAAAGUCAGAAAAUGCGAUUCGUUCUCUUUCUAGGAAUUUCUCGUUUCUAAAUGAAGCUUUUAAGAGGAAGUUUUCAUUGGCCAGGAGAGGGAAGAUUCACAUUUAUUUAACUUUUCUGCUCGUUUCUUUAUCAUCUGAAGGAUGAGAUUAUGUCAUUGUGCUUAUACCACCUUCAUCUCCUAUUGAACUUGGGUUGACUGAACCAUUGCUUGCUUCGGUGAACCAGAUACAGUAAGUGAAUCAGCUAGUCUUGAUGUUGCUGGUAUCUAUGCCUGCUUCAGAAGAAGGGAACUUUUUGGGACUUGUCAUUUGUUAUACUGUGGUUCUUGAGACUAGGUAGCAUGCAGAUUGAACGCAAUAUGAGUGAAAACCACUCCAUUGCACUAAACAAUAAAAUGAUGAGAGUAGAAAAUCAUCAAAGUUGUAGCAGUAGAGAUGUUAUACCUGAGAGUGAACUUUGGACGGAUGGGCUUAUUUGUGCCUUUGAAUUUGUUCGAGGCUGCAGUAGAAGAUCAAUGAACUCAAGAUCUACUUCAAAGACCUUGAGUAGACAAAUAGAUGUCGAGCAUUCACAGAUACAAGAGCGCAUGAAUGAGCCAAGGGAGUCUUCUUCCCCAAGACCGAAUGGGAACAAAUUAUUGGAAUCCUCACCCCAUUGUGAGUUUAAGAAUGCUCCUUUAAGUGACUGCAAAGACAACCAGAUCAAUCAAUCGGGACAAUAUCAUGCCAUAGAAAGAGUUGAAGGUAGUCAUUGGGUACCCAUUGGGUGGCCUAGGAUUUCAGAACUGGUCCAAAUGGUACAAACUGAUGCCAGCUGGGCCAUGCAGCAGUUGGAAUUGAUGGAUGAAGAGGAUGGGCUUAGUGUUGCAGAAUUAGCAGCUCCCUACUGGGAGCGUCCAGCAGGGCCCAUAUGGUGGUGCCAUGUUUCCGCAAGUCAUCCCUCUGUCCAAUCCUGGCUCAACAAUUCCCAGUGGUUACAUCCUGCCAUCAGUUUAGCUUUAAGAGAUGAAAGUCGACUGAUAAGCGAGAGGAUGAAGCACCUACUGUAUGAGGUCCCAGUAAGGGUUGCUGGAGGGCUGCUGUUUGAACUGUUGGGACAGUCAGCUGGCGAUCCAUUUGUAGAAGAGGAUGAUAUUCCCAUUGUGCUGCGCUCUUGGCAAGCACAGAAUUUUCUCAUUACUGCACUACAUAUAAAAGGACCUGUUUCAAGAGUAAACGUUUUGGGAAUCACUGAAGUUCAGGAGCUUCUUUCUGCUGGGGGUUAUAAUACACCAAGAACAGUGCAUGAAGUCAUAGCACUACUAGCAUGCCGCCUUACUCGUUGGGAUGAUCGGUUAUUUCGCAAGUCCAUAUUUGGGGCAGCAGAUGAGAUUGAAUUGAAAUUUGUGAACAGGAGAAACCAUGAAGAUAUGCAUCUCUUCAGUGUCAUUCUGAACCAAGAAAUCAGAAGGUUGUCAAGACAGGUUAUUAGAGUGAAAUGGUCACUCCAUGCAAGAGAGGAGAUAGUUUUUGAGCUUCUUUAUCAUUUGAGAGGAAAUGCAACUAGAAGUUUGUUAGAGGGGAUAAGGAAGAGCACUAGAGAAAUGUUGGAGGAGCAAGAAGCAGUUCGUGGUCGCUUGUUUACCAUUCAAGAUGUUAUGCAAAGCAAUGUUCGGGCAUGGUUGCAGGACAGAAGCCUACGUGUAACCCAUAAUUUGGCAGUUUUUGGAGGCUGUGGCCUUGUUCUUUCUAUCAUUACUGGGUUGUUUGGGAUCAAUGUUGACGGGAUCCCUGGAGCAGAAAAUACACCAUAUGCAUUUGUUGUGUUCACAGCCAUCCUCUUCUUCAUAGGCGUGGUACUAAUUGGGGUUGGGUUACUUUAUCUUGGAUUGAAGCAGCCCAUAACAGAAGAGAAGGUUGAAGUGAGAAAGUUGGAGUUGCAAGAAUUAGUGAAGAUGUUUCAACAUGAAGCAGAGACUCAUGCCCAGGUUCGUAAAAAUGUACAUAGAAACAACUUGCCCCCAACUUCUGGAGAUGCACAGUCAGAUGAUGUGGAUUAUGUUCUCAUCCAAUGAAGACAUGAAUUGUCCUAAUCACUUCAUAUUAACAAGAGACAAAGUCUUGAACGCGAUUUUGAUGGAGAUACUUGGAGGCUGGAGUGGGCAAUACAUUAUAUGCAUUUGGGCUUUCUACAGUUACAGCGAUCUUCUUCCUCACUGGUGUUGUAUGUGAUUGACAUAUAUAUAAUUGUAAAGUUUAUGGAUAUUCAAAGAGAGAAGAAUCAAUACCUUAACCUAGUGGUAAAGCUGAGACCAUCUACUAGUAGGUGGCAAGUUCGAAGUUUGUCGGUAAGAAUUUUUCUUCCUGAUAUUAAACACUCUGCAGUGCAGGAUGGAAUUAAUGGCUGACUACACCUUUGCUAUGACUAUAAAUGGAGUUCAUGGGCAUGGGACUGAGCCAACUUUUACAAAUAAA